AUGUCGAGAGCACUCGAUCCAGAAACAGCUGCAUCGCUCAAGAACAGCAAUCCCGAAACCGUCUACAACGACAUCGUCAGAGCCCUCUCCUCGGAAACCGAUUCUCUCCUUGAGAUAGAGUUUCUAGGCAAAAGCCAUCCUCUUCCAGAAGGUUGCAAUGUCCUCGUUGAUGGAAAUAGCAUUGCAAUUGCCAAAGCCAAGCUUGUCCAGGCAUUCGUCGUGGCUCGUAAGAACUUCUUCAAGUACGUUCGAGAUUGUCCAGGAGACAAGUUAUUGGAUUUCAGAAAUGCAACCGCAGUCAUGCUAUUGAUGGAUCCCGAGCAUCUCACUGCUGCGAAUUCACGAAAAAGUCUUAUUCAGAAAUCGCAGAAAGAACCCAAGAUAAAUCUUGAGGUGAUCCUGAGGAAGGAGUUACAUUUCGUUGAUAGCUACCUGACUUCACGUUUACACCGCCAUACGAAAUCGCCCACGUUGUGGAAUCAUCGUCGAUGGGUUCUUAAAGUCUGCCAGUCAAUUCAGAUGGAGUAUGAUAUUCAGCAUGACCUCAAGUCUGUGGUCUUGGUCGCUGCGGAGAGACACCCGAGGAACUAUUAUGCCUGGUCUCACCUGCGCUGGCUCGUUCAGUCGUUCACCAUGUGCUCCAAUAUUCAAACGACGAGUUUCGAUUUCAGCAAGCUGGUGUCUGUUGUCAAAGAUUGGUGUCUCAGACAUCCGGCUGACACCUCGGGCUUUUCUUUUCUUCUCUUCUGUCUUCCCAUGCCUGGGUAUUCUGAGGACGUCUCUAAAACGGAAUUGAGAUCUUCGGUCUGUUCAGAGGUUCUUCGGCUAGCUGUGUCUUUUCAGUGGACUCACGAAACUAUCUGGGUGUUUCUUCGUACUCUGGUUGCUUCUGGAGGAGUCUUUGAGGAUGAAACGGCGGCAUUCUAUCGAGCCAUCGAAGACAUGCAAGCGGUUCAACCAAAUGACCACCGGUUCCUGGAAGCAGCGCGAAGUUGGUGUGGAAAAUAUGGGCAGAAAGACCAGGGCUGA